CUCUCUACGCUUCAUUUAAGAACUUAAAAAUUAUUCAUAACUCUCCAGAUCGAUUCCAACCCAUUACCCCUCUCUCUCUCCCUCUCUCUCUCUCUCUCUCGGAAAACCAGUGUUCAGUCUCCACCGAUUGCCGGGAAACAACUUUCAGUCCCUUUUAGCCGUAACCUCGGCCGGAAAAGUAACAGUUACUCUCUUUUUAAGUAACUAAUAGAGGAUCGUAUUAACAAUGAGUAACGAGGAAUUGCUUCAAAUCGAACCUCAAGAGCUCGAGUUUCCAUUCGAAUUGAGGAAGCAGAUCUCAUGCUCUAUGCAAUUAACCAACAAAAGCGAUAACUAUGUUGCGUUCAAGGUGAAAACGACCAAUCCGAAGAAGUACUGUGUACGGCCUAACACCGGAGUUGUCAUGCCUCACUCUACUUGCGAUGUUAUAGUAACAAUGCAAGCGCAAAAGGAGGCUCCGGCGGAUAUGCAAUGCAAGGACAAGUUCUUAGUCCAAAGUGUACUUGCAAGUCCAGGAGCUACGGCCAAGGAUAUUACAUCCGAUUUGUUUAAUAAGGAGGAAGGACAUAAUGUUGAGGAGAUCAAGUUGAGAGUUGCAUAUGUUGCACCUCCACAACCACCAUCACCUGUGCGAGAGGGAUCUGAGGAAGGUUCAUCUCCGAGGGCUUCAGUUUCGGACAAUGGUACCAUCAGUGCAUCUGAGUUUAGUACGGGUACAAGAACUCUUGCUGAACCACAGGUUUUAAGAUCACAUGCUGACGCACAGGGUUUAAAAUCAAAUGUUGAGUCGGUAGACAACUCCUCAGAGGUCAAGGCCCUCAUUUCUAAGCUGACUGAGGAGAAAAAUUAUGCUGUUCAGCAAAGGAAUAAGCUUCAGCAAGAACUGGAUCUAUUGAGGCGUGAAAGUAACAGAAGCCGUGGUGGCAUCCCCUUAAUGUAUGUCAUUAUUGUGGGUCUCCUUGGCCUUCUCCUGGGUUAUAUUUUGAAGAGGACGUAAUCAAUGGAGGUUUUGCAUAACCUGCAAUAUCAUGUGUUACGUAGCCUGUUUCAAAAAAAUUUAGAUCAUUGAAGACAGAAGUACAACUGAUCGGGAAGAGCUCUGUAUUGUGUGUAGCCAUCUGAUUGACUUUAGAAACAUGCUUAAGAAGGUGCUUGAUGGGUUUUUCUUAUUGCCUUUGGGGCUCUAGAGCAUUCAUUGUGUGACUAAUUGCUUUAACAUGUUAUGUUGGUAACUCAAUGAGAGGGACAUAAUUUUUGUCAUGCAUUUUGUUGGCUUUUGCCCCGGUAGCAGUUAGACCUGCACGCGCCUAUAUUGAGUGGUCAUACUUAAUUUUCCUCUUUGUGGCCCUGAUAUAAACAAUUAUUGAUUCAUUUUCUCAUUGUCUA